CCCCCCAAGCCUCUUUUCUUUCUUCAUCUCCUUCUCGUCCGUAAUUGCGGCCGUGGCCGAUCUUCGCCGGGAACAAGCCAUUGCAGAGAGAUGAAGGGAGCGAGAGUCUUCAUCCCCCACGACAUUAUCUUCAAUAUUUUAGAACGGUUGCCGGCUAAAUCCAUACUCAGGUUUAGAGGCGUCUGCAAGUCCUGGUCUUCGCUCAUCUCCGACCCAUACUUCCUCCUCUGUCAUGCUCAUCGAGCCAAGCCAUCGGUCCUCCUCACCAGAUACACCCAACCUUCACUUGGUCUCCAACUCCAACCAGUCCGCUGCACGAACACCCAAACAACUACUUUCGAAGUUCGUUGUCCCUGCCUUUCUUUGCUAGCUUCCUGCGAUGGAUUGCUGUGCUUCCAAGGGAUUCCCUUCGGCACUCGGAGACAUUACUCUCCCGGCUAUUACUACGUCUGCAAUCCCCUCACAGAUGAGUGGAUCACUCUCCCAGAAGCCUGGUGCAAUAAUGGAUUUCUUUGUGCUUUCUACCACCAUUCGUCCAUGAACGAGUACAGGUUGCUACGUAACUCUCCCUAUGGGUAUGAGAUUCUUACCAUCGGAGCCAAGGAAUGGAGACGGAUUACAUGCUUAUUUGAUGCUAAUCCUUCGCCUAUGCUCGAAUUCUAUGUCCUUCAUGGUCCUCCAAGUUUGGAUAAGCCUCCAAUAUCGGUGCAUGGGAAGCUUCACUAUCUACCAACCAUCGGAACUCCAUUGAUUUGGCUGAUCAUAGUGUUUGACAUCGACUCCGAGAAAUUUGGACUGAUGUCGUUGCCCGAAUCUUGUCGUACAAAAGAAUGGACGAUCCACGAGUCUCGUCUGAUUGAGCUGGAAGGGAAGCUUGGCGUAUCCACCAUCGCACCAGAUGCAAUGCUGGAUAUAUGGAUGCUUGAAGACUAUGAGAAACAGGUCUGGGUCAAGAGGUACAGGGUUCAAACAACGCCAAGGAGAGAACAAAUAACAUGGUUUAAACCCUUGGUUGUCCAUGACGACGGCAAGGCCUUGGUGGAUUGGCGUGGAGAUUUGGUUCUCUAUGAUUUCAAACAUCAUACAUGCAGGAAAAUUAUCAUCGAGGAUGGCUUCCGGAUGACGAAUUUGCUCUACAAGGAGAGUCUCAUCCGGCAUGAGUUCUUCGAGACAGGAUACCAGACUGGAUUUAUUAUAAAUCUCGUGAGUUCUUUCUACUUGCAGCAGCAAACUUCCAGGUAAUCUUCUUGCCAAACACCCCACGUUGGAAAGACUCUCUGCAGGGGAUGAAGAUGGUGGUAUGGGAACUAAGAUGCAACAGAUCCUGAUGUUAUAUAAUGAAACAGACUUUGUUUUCUACAUGGUUUUUGUUUGGUGAUACAAGUCCAAUUGGACAUAAUUAGAACAUAAUUGUUAGUAGGUAUUUAUACACAUUGAUUAAACUACAUGGAUUUGUAAUUAGAACAUAAUUGUUAGUAGGUAUUUAUACACAUUGAUUAAACUACAUAUGGAUUUGUAAUUAGAACAUAA